AUGACCGAGGCGAUCGUUGCCACUGAAACCAGUCGACGGCCUCAUUCCGGCGGCCAUGGAGCUGCUCGUGAACCGGAUGAACAUGUCGCCACCUCCUCUCGACGUAUUCGUCGGUCACCGCUCGUUGUAGACGACAGUUCCAGCGUCACGUCACACUCAACGUACCAUAUCGCACAGUCGCCCACCGAUCGACCAAUUUGGCUGGAAAUGAAGCGGAGGCAUCAGGCCAACAUGGAAGAACUGCACGGCAAACUCGCAGACGUGCCGCGGCAUUGGCUUUUCAUCCGGUUCCUCAAUAAUUCGUUCUUCGCGCGUCGACUUAUGCGGUCUGGGAUGCUACUGUCAGCCGCUCUAGUAGGCGGCGUCAUCUUCCACAGCGCGUUCAUCGAGACGUGGCUGGACGACAACAGAGACUUGGACGACUACGACGACUGCAACUCUCUGGCCGCGUUCUCCAAUCUCAUCUACCAGGCGCUCCCGGCCGCCAUCAUUCUGUCGCUGCCAGGCUCGGGCCUUCGUGCGUUUGAGCCUUUCAAACGCACCGCCUUGAACUCUCGACAGCCGAAAGGUACGAGCGACAACGGCAGCGACAGUGACGCAACGCUAGAGGAAGAGCCCCAGGCCGCUAGUGUGGCGACCAUCCGACGCAGCUUCGUGUUCCAGCUAUGCGAGGUGUUGGCUGUGUUUAUGCUGUUUUUCGACAUCGGACUGGUGCUGUAUUUCCUCUACGUGCUCUUUAUCGGCGCGCUCAGCUCGUGCGGAAGUGUCGCCACGCAGAUAUUCACGAUAGGCGCUGCGUUCUGCUACUUUGGGCUGUUUACAGUCUUGUAUUACUUCGCACGACUUGAGGAAAGACGUGGACCUGCGCUCGGAUAA